AUGACCCCGCCCCCCUUCUUUCUCCUUCCAUCACCCCGCCCCAUUCUCCCUCCUUCCAUCACCCGCCCCAUUCUCCCGCUUUCCAUCAGCCCGCCCCAUUCUCCCGCUCCCCAUUCUCUCGCUUUCCAUCACCCCGCCCCAUUCUCCCGCUUUCCAUCACCCCGCCCCAUUCUCCCGCUUUCCAUCACCCCGUCCCAUUCUCCCUCCUUCCAUCACCCCGCCCCAUUCUCCCGCUUUCCAUCACCCCGCCCCACUCUCCCGCUUCCCAUAACCCCACCCCAUUCUCCUGCUUUCCAUCACCCCACCACAUUUUCCCGUUUUCUAUCACCCCGCCCCAUUCUCCCUCCUUCCAUCACCCCGCCCCAUUCUCCCGCUUUCCAUCACCCCGCCCCAUUCUCCCGAUUUCCGUCACCCCGCCCCAUUCUCCCGCUUUCCAUCACCCCGCCCCAUUCUCCCGCUUUCCAUCACCCCGCCCCAUUCUCCCGCAUUCCAUCAUCCCGCCCCAUUCUCCCUCCUUCCAUCACCCCGCCCCAUUCUCCCGCUUUCCAUCACUCCGCCCCAUUCUCCCUCCUUCCAUCACCCCGCCCCAUUCUCCCUCCUUCCAUCACCCCGCCCCAUUCUCCCGCUUUCCAUCACCCCGCCCCAUUCUCCCGCUUUCCAUCACUCCGCCCCAUUCUCCCUCCUUCCAUCACCCCGCCCCAUUCUCCCUCCUUCCAUCACCCCGCCCCAUUCUCCCGCUUUCCAUCACCCCGCCCCAUUCUCCCUCUUUCCAUCACCCCGCCCCAUUCUCCCGCUUUCCAUCACCCCGCCACAUUCUCCCACUUUCCACCACCCCGCCCCCUUCUCUCUCCUUCCAUCACCCCGCCCCAUUCUCACUCCUUCCAUCACCCCGCCCCAUUCUCCCGCUUUUCAUCAGCCCGCCCCAUUCUCCCGCUCUCCAUCACCCCUCCCCUUUCUCCCCCUUUCCAUCUCCCCGCCCCAUUCUCCCGCUCUCCAUCACCCCGCCCCAUUCUCCCGCUUUCCAUCACCCCGCCCCAUUCUUACGCUUCCCAUCAUCCCGCCCCAUUCCCCCGCUUUCCAUCACACCUCCCCAUUCUCCCUCCUUCCAUCACCCCGCCCCAUUCUCUCGCUUUCCAUCACCCCGCCCCCGUUAUCCCGCUUUCCAUCAGCCCGCCCCAUUCUCCCGCUUUCCAUCACCCCGCCCCAUUCUCCCUCCUUCCAUCACCCCGCCCCAUUCUCCCGCUUUCUAUCACCCAGCCUUAUUCUCCCUCCUUCCAUCACCCUGCCCCAUUCUCCCUCAUUCCAUCACCCCGCUCCAUUCUCCCGCUUUCCAUCACCCCGCCCCAUUCUCCCGCUUCCCAUAACCCCACCCCAUUCCCCCGCUUUCCAUCACCCCGCCACAUUUUCCCACUUUCCAUCAUCCCGCCCCCUUCUCUCUCCUUCCAUCACCCUGCCCUAUUCUCCCUCCUUCCAUCACCCCGCCCCAUUCUUCCGCUUUCCAUCACCCGCCCCAUUCUCCCGCUUUCCAUCACCUCGCCCCAUUCUCCCGCUUUCCAUCACCCCGCCCCAUUCUUUUGCUUUCCAUCACCCCGCCCCAUUCUCCCGCUUUCCAUCACCCUGCCCCAUUCACCAGCUUUCCAUCACCCGCCCAAUUCUCCCGCUUUCCAUCACCCCGCCCCAUUCUCCCGCUUUCCAUCACCCCGCUCCAUUCUCCCGCUUUCCAUCACCCCGCCCCAUUCUCCCGCUUUCCAUCACCCCGCCCCAUUCACCCGCUUUCCAUCACUCCGCCCCAUUCUCCCGCUUUCCAUCACCCCGACCCAUUCUCCCACUUUCCAUCACCCCGCCCCAUCCUCCCUCCUUCCAUCACCCUGCCUCAUUCUCCCUCCUUCCAUCACCCCGCCCCAUUCUCCCGCUUUCCAUCACCCCGCCCCAUUCUCCCGCUUUCCAUCACCCAGCCCCAUUCUCCCGCUUUCCAUCACCCCGCCCCAUUCUCCCGCUUUCCAUCACCCUGCCCCAAUCUCCCGCUUUCCAUCACCGCGCCCCAUUCUCCCUCCUUCCAUCACCCCGCCCCAUUCUCCCGCUUUCCAUCACCCCGCCCCAUUCUCCCGCUUCCCAUAA